AUGUCUUCAGUACCACCUCCACAAUUUCCAAUUCGUACCAACAUCAAUGCGCCCCCGACGUGUAUCUUCAUCACGCCAGAGAUGCCUGCCCGAGUCCGUUCGAUUUUUUAUCCAAUACCUCCUCAACCAAAUCAACACCCCGGAAUUGCGGCGGGUGAGGACCAGUGCUUCUACUGCGGGCAUUUUGGCCACCGUCAAGAACGAUGCAAUGACGCAAAAUUGAAGAAACCACGAUCAGCUGAAGAUUUUGAAGACUGGCGGCGAGUCUCAGCAAAUCCCAAAUGGUAUAGCGUGACUGCUCUAUGGCCAAGCUGUGCUCCGAGGCCGAGGCGCGACAACACGCCUGAGACCGCUUUGACCUCUACCAAAGCCUUUGUUUCGGCCUUGAAUGAUACUUCAAAAUAUUUUGAUUCCAAGCGAUACUCCAAGUUACUGGUUGCUGAAGUACCAAGUAGUUUUGUAGAAAUCCGAGUUUGGAAAUUUGGGAGACUUCAGAGCAUCCGACUGAUUCGAACUCCAAGAGCGAAUCGAAUGUACCCAUAUCAUCGGGACCGAAACGUUCUACGGACACCUCCGAAGGAAGUCCUCGCCCCAUCAAGAGACGCAACAUCUGUCCUUAAGAUGUUUGAUGUCCUCAAUAUGUUUGGACUCGGAGUUACAAUAGCUGAGAUAGCCAGCGCUUUUCUCGGUUUUGGAAUACUUUCAAUAUUGUUUGGACUUGAGUGA